GGUCCUUAUGUCAGUUAUACUAAGUCUUAGAGAAGAUGUCAAUCCGACUUUUUAUGUUGUAUUGUCACACAUUGUUAAGACACUAACAGAUGAAUUAAUUCCAUGUACAUAACCUGAUCUCUGACCCCAAGCUCAGACUUCCCCUCACGUAUCAGUUAAUUUAAUCAUUCUAACGGAAGAUGAAUUCUCCUUUGACCUUUACCCCGUGUCGCAGCCUUGACUUUAAUGCUGAUGAGGUCAAAUCCCUGAUGACCCCGGAAGUAAAAAAAGACCUCCGUCAACUCUUUGAUGAUGAGGACUCGGGACUUGGGAUGGAUGAUAAGAUGCUCGCUCCAGAAAACGGCCGAUCGGAUGAGUUAUCAUUUAAUUUGACUGCGAUCCUGAACUUGACAGACUUCAGCAAAGAAAAGUUACAGAUAAGAAAUAAUAAUUUACACCAACAAGGUUCGAGUUCCAAACGAUCUCUAUUCACGGGCAAGCGUCAACGAGAUGAAGAUGACGAUUCUCCAACUCCAUCCUCCAAGUUACAGAGAAGGGGCGAGGCUGUGUUCAGGAGGACUUUGUCUUUUGGGGACUGGUCUAUGACAUCACCAGAGAUUAGAGCCAAUGACGUGAAGGCUGUUGUUAACCGUUUGGUAGAGGAUGAGGAUUUGGUAGGGGACGGGACUGACACGUUUUGUCUACCGACCAUCAAGGGCAGACACCAGGACCUCAAAUCCAUCUCGGCGAAUACGAUGGUUAAUGUUUUGACUGGACGGUAUGAUGACGUCAUCGGGAGUUACCACGUCAUUGACUGCAGAUACCCGUACGAGUUCAAUGGAGGUCAUAUGAAGCACGCGGAGAACAAGUAUACACGUGACCAGGUGCAGCAGCUUCUCCAGGAGAGGCGGUGUUAUGACGUCACUGGAAAGAGAAAUAUCCUCAUCUUCCACUGUGAAUUUUCCUCGGAGAGGGGACCCAAAUUUAUGCGUUUCUUGAGGACCCAGGACCGUGCCCAGAACGAGGCUAACUACCCGACCUUGACCUACCCCGAGGUGUACCUCCUGGACGGUGGAUAUAAGGCGUUCUACCACACAGACAAGACUUUGUGCCACCCCAUGGAGUACAAACCAAUGCUGCACCAAGGCCACUCUGACGAAUUACGUCACUUCCGGGCACGAUCCAAAUCAUGGACAGCAGGUGACAAACAGAAGAAAACAGCAUCCCGACUCCGUUUUUAAUCGGUACAAACACGAAAUCUCUGCAGGUUUCACGGUGUGCGAAACACUAGGCUUGAAUGUCAAUUGUGAAAAACGAGAGUUAGUGUGCAUUGACUCCAAUCAUGAACAUUACGAAAAAGAAAACGGAAAUGACGUCUUAAAUUAAAGCUGAAGAAUUAGGAAUCGAAACAACAGCACCCGCUGACCAAGUGUUAACGGCCCUGUUGUGAACUUUUCCUGUUUAUGUUUAACACAUGAUUUUGUAAUGGAAUAAUUAAUUAUCUCGUGCGGAUAAAUGGGAAACAUGAGAUACAUCUGAAGAUGUAACUAGAAGUGCUAGGUACCCAAUAGUGCUAUGUAACAUUGUAUGAUACUGUGUGUGUUAUUGUGUUGUGUGUGUUAUUGUAUUGUGUAUGUUAUGUGUUUUGACUUGUAAUUGCUGCCGUAUCGUGUAGUAUGAAUAAAUAAG